AAUCAGAUUCUAUCUUAUCAGUUUUCAGUAAUAUUUCGGGCGUCAGUCGUAAGUCAUUCAUUCCGCUUAUCACUUUCUUCUUUGAACUCCAGCCACGGCCGUCGGCCAGUUUCCAAGCACGAGAGAUCUAGGAAUUUUGGUAUAUUGAAGGUCGCUGAAGUUUACGUCGUUGCGGUCUUUUUAUUUUCAACCAGUUGCAAUGUCUACAAAUCAGAAUGCUGUGUCCAUGCCUAACUAUAUCAAAUUUGCCUUUGGUGGCGUCUCAGGGAUGGCAGCAACAUGUUUUGUCCAGCCCCUAGAUUUAAUCAAGAAUCGUAUGCAGCUGAGCAAAACCAAAGAGCACAAAACAAGUUUUCAUAUGGCAAAAGCAAUUUUAAAAUCUGAAGGAGUGAUCGGAAUUUACUCAGGAUUGUCCGCAGGUCUCCUUCGCCAAGCCACAUACACAACCACGAGGUUGGGUGUCUACACAUGGCUCUUUGGGGUUUACUCAAAGGAAAGCGGGUCUAAUCCAGGUUUCUUUGUGAAGGCUGGGCUCGGGAUGUUCGCCGGGUGCUGCGGGGCGUUCGUGGGGAACCCGGCGGAGCUGGCCCUCGUCCGGAUGACGGCCGAUGGGCGACUCCCGGCGGCCGAGCGUCGCAACUACAGGAGCGUCUUCCACGCCCUCAUCAAGAUCAUCACCGAGGAGGGCGUCCUCACCCUCUGGCGGGGCGCCAUCCCCACCAUGGGCCGCGCCAUGGUCGUCAACGGGGCACAACUCGCCUCCUACUCCCAGGCCAAGGAGAUCCUCCUAGGAACAGGUUAUUUCAAAGAGAAUAUCACUCUUCAUUUUACCGGUAGUAUGAUUUCUGGUCUCAUUUCCACUGCUGCCUCUAUGCCGGUAGAUAUUGUAAAAACUAGGAUCCAGAAUAUGAAAACAAUCGAUGGUAAACCAGAAUUCAAAGGUGCUUUAGAUGUACUAGCCAAAGUUGUGAAAAAUGAAGGCUUUUUUGCUCUGUGGAAAGGAUUCUUCCCGUACUACGCUCGUCUGGGCCCUCACACUGUUCUUACCUUCAUUUUCUUGGAACAGUUGAAUGCUACAUACUUGAAAAUGGCAAAGACUGAAUCCUAAGCACUGUGAUCUCAUUCUCUACUGACUGCCGUACCUUUAUAAAAUAUCUCAAUACUAAUUUUACUGUUGUGAGUGAAAAUGCUGUUACAUACCAAAGUUUCUCUAAUUAUCAUUAAAGAUAUGUUUUGCCCCAGCUAGCUUGAAAUUUUCAGUAUGGCUUGUUUUUGUAGAAAGAACUACUUUUCAGGGUUUUUAAACAUUCUUAAGUUUAUUUAUUGUGAAAAAUAAUUCCAUAGAAAUAAUUUUGAACAUGCAAAACUGUAGGAUUUAAGUAAAAGUACAGCAUUUUUGCUCCACAUAUGACAGUAUAUUGCUUGCCAACGAUUUUUUUUUAAGAAUAUUUGCAAGCAAACUGGAUGAUUUUAAUUGGUUGUAGGGGGCUUGUCUUUAAAGCUGCAAGGAAAAUUUAAAAAAUCUGUGGUCACCGACGUGAACUAGAAAAUUGAAAAGAAAAAUUCCAGAGGUAUCUGUAGUUAAACAUUAUGCAGUUUGACAAGAUUUUUUUAUUUUAUUUUUUUUUUUAUGGUUGUUGUUUAAACUACAGUGGAUGAUAUGUUUUUUCAGUGUUCCCAUCGGCUCUUACUUAGUGCCUAUUUUCAAGAACAUAUUUUUGUGAUAUUUCGUCCAAAAGUUGGAAAAUUUUUCAUCAAAUCCAUUUUUGUUUGCAUGCCCCUAAAAUGAGUUAAUUUAAAUGAAAUGAACAAGCAUAGCAAAGCGUGCUCUAAAAUAAUGGUGGGUUGAUAAGUUUAAAAAGUAUCACAGAAUAUAAAAUUGGCCAAAAUCUUGCAAUUAACUCUGAAUACUUAAUGACCUUGAAAAGGUGUGACUGAAACAUUUUAAAACUAAGACUUUUUUUUAAAACACAUGUUUAACUUUUAGAAGGACCUAACCAGAAAGACUUUUAAUGUAUAAUCUAGGCAAAUCUUUGUAAUUAGGAUUGGCUUUCUACGGAGAGUUGGUUGUACUCAGUCUGCGCUGCUGUCUUUGGCCGCUACUAGUUUCAAGGAACUAUCUAACUCUUUCAUGACAAUGCUUGAAGAUUUGCAAUAUAGUGAACACUAGAUUUCUUCAAUCAAAAAUUUCUGUCAAUGCUUGUCUUGCGGCGGUGAUAAAAUGCAAAGAAACUAAUAUUUUUAUCCAUUCUGAGGUGGAAGGUAGCAGCCAAAGGCAGUAUGUCAGCGUGCAUCAAAGGCGUGAAAACGAUCGGUCCGCAGACUAGUCAGAAAUUAGAAAACUCAUGUUUCAGGACAAUACCUCCUCCUUCAACAGGUUUUCAAUAGAGUUACUUCCUGGCUGCUAAAUCUUAUUAAUUAAUUUGGGGACAAACUGGCUACCUGCAUACUCCUACAUUACCUUCUAAUUUUUUGGUUGAUUUAAAUUGAUAGUAGGUAACAUUAAAUUACCUGCAAGAUAUGUUACUCUCAAAGCACUGGCCGAGAGAAGACAACUAAUAUGCACAUCUGAUGAAUCAUUUUUUGUGCUCCCUAGUGUUUUUUUUAAAAGCAUUUGUAUGCUUUUAAACUUGCCAUACAUUGUAAGUGGUGACUUGCUCAAUGUACACAAAAAGGCCAUGCUCUGUGUUUGUUCAUCCGAGGUUCGUUGACUUGACUCAGCUUAAGUAUGAAAGACUGCCCACUCCCUCAUGAUGCAAAAUUUCAAAUGAUGAUAUGAAAUCAGAAAGCGUAUCUCAUAACCUCCAACUCUGUUUCCAAAGACUUUUUAGACGCCUAAAAUUACAAAAACAAGCAAAUGUCCAUUUGAUGCAGGUUUUCUGUCGAGCCAAAUUGCUUUAAAAUGUCUUGUAUAGCUGUGCCAUGAAUUAGUAGGAUUUUUUCUGUUGGCGAUUGUGCAUUUAUGAAACUCAUAGAUUAAGAAAAUGAAAAAAAAAAAAAAAAAAAAAACACUGUGUCAUGGAAUAUCAUGCAGAGAAGGUACUUAUAUAUCUCAUUUGCUCCCAUUUGCAAUAAAAAUCUCUUCUUUUUCCUGUAAUUUACCCUCAAUCAUAAAGUUUUCCUACCUCUCAAUUCUAAAUUUUUUUUAAUAAAUUGUAUCAGCGCUUGCUUUCUAGGUGCAAUUUCAUUCUGUCAAUACUCCUCAUCCUUAAAAUUUGAAUAUAAUUGUUGAUUAAAUGUUAAAUCAUUUUUAAAAAUAUUCUGUUCUCUAUUCUUGUUGGUUGGAAUUUUUCUGAGGUGUUUAUUGUUAUGAAACUGUAGUACUUGUUGUGGAAUACUUAUUAUCUGUUGUGUAAAGAAAUAUUUUUAUGAUAGUUGUUUUCGUAGUUAUGUAUAUUGUAUUUGAAAAUUAUAUGUAUGAGGCUUUAAUAUUACUGCAUACAAGCACUGAUUGCGUUAAUCCUUUGAGAACCAUUUGUCUUAUUUAUGUUUAUGGUUGCACAACUCCAAAACUGAAUAAUUCGUCCCAGCAAAGCAUUUUUUGUGCAUCAAAGCUUAAAUAAUGAAUCUACCGUACAUGCUCACUUCACAUCCACUCUUAAACAGUAUGUUGCCUGAAAUGAUUCAUUAAUUACGUGUAAAUAUCUCUCAGCAUCUGUUUCUUUUUUUAAGUAGAGCUCCUUGACGUAAAAAUUCUCUAAAGCACCUCUAAAAGAGAAAUUAAGGUCAAUUAAAUUUUUGGACUGAAACUCUCUGUGCUUGCCUGUAUGUACUCAUUUUUGCAGCGUCAAACUUACCAAUAAUUUGCAUAUGUGGAUCAUAUUUUUGUGAUGAAUCAAUCAGUGAACUCUCUGAAUGUUCUAUUGUAAAUACUCAAAUGUUGCUGCGCUAACUUUGUCCAUUCCAAAGUAUGAUCAUCAACAAAUAUUCUGAAAGUAGCAUAAGAAUUCGCAAUACUAAAAAAAUCUUUUUCGUUUGUAAAAUUAAGUGUUAACUCUUUCAUGGUUAAUAUUUUCUCUAUCAAAAUUAAACAUUUUAGACUUUUACAUUUUAGCAUUUCUGUUUUUACUCUACUAGUUAUUUUAUCAUUUUUAUUGUUUCUUUUGUUUUAUUUCAGAAUUUUCUUGUUUUGUUUUUGGAAUUUUGGCCCCUGUCCAAGACAAUACUUCUGGCUCAAAAAUAAACAUCUUUUUAUUUUUGAA